CUUACCCACCACUCACACCAUGGUGUCUUGUAGACUGGAAGUUAAAAAAUAAAGAAAAAAGAAAUCUCCAGAAUGUGAUGUGCAAUAGAAAAAUAUAGGUGUAUGGCUAAAUACCUGUAUACUACACAAUUAAUUGUACAGUUAAUACACAUAAUAUACAAUUAACAGUUAUUUUGUUUCUUUACACCCAGAAAAAUAUAGAAGAAAAUAAAAGGCCUUCAUAGUCGGUAUUGUUCGUGUCUGGAUACAUUUAAAAAUAUUAGUGAACCUUCACCGCCUUUAAUGUCAUGACAUUGUACUGAUCACAUACACAAUGAGAACUGCCCAGGAUAGUUGAACAAGUAGCUAUUGUCUUAUUGCUCAGUGGGAUGCCUUGGACAAAUCCCUCUUAGUUGCAGGUGGUCAGGCGUGAGCAAAGAGUUAAGUCCUGGGGUCCCUCUGUCCCUCCCUCCUAAUGUCCUGACAUCAUUGGCCCUGCCUCCAAAAAUCUCCUUGCUUUCCCCAAAGUAUAUUUUCCAGUCCUGCUUUCAUUAGAGAAAGAAACACUGUGUGCACCCAGUGUAAGGACUAAGGGUUAGCAUAUAGUUUGGUGCCCUGGAACUAUAGAUUGAAAAACUAUGUUUUAAUGAUGGUCUAAAGAACUUUUCGGAUUAAUAGUGGACAUCUUGGGUGUUGUAUGUCGUUCAGAGGGAGAUGGCUGUUCAGGCUGCCAUCAUGAACUCACAGUUCCUAAAUUUCUGUUUCCCUGGUUCGGUUAUGGAGUACGAGGUGGAGAAGGGUUUGGAUGGGGCAUUCCUGGGUGAAGUGGACUGCGAGGGUGACUUCAGGGAGGCAACCAGUGACUUGCUCAGCUUCAUUGAUUCUGCUUCCAGUAACAUCAAACUGGCCCUGGAUAAGCCAGUCAAGUCCAAGAGGAAAGUCAACCACCGCAAGUAUCUACAGAAACAGAUCAAAAGAUGCACAGGAAUCAUGGGACUGGGGAAUGGAGCACCUCAGGAGUCUUGCAAAAAUCACGACUCCACCCCAACUCCAACUAGCAUCAUCCAGAACAAAACACCCAAGCGGGACGGAGCUCAGGCCAACCUGCAGAGCAAAAGUCUGGCUGCUCUCUUCAACCAUGCCAAGGAUUUGCGCGGAGAGAAAGCAAAAAAGCCUCCACUGCGACACCGAAACCUGCCGCCAUCCUUCUUCACAGAGCCAGCCAACAAUGCCAGAGUUACAUCCACUUCCGGCAUGUCCCUCAAAGAUCUUGAGCGGGGAAAUCCAGAUGCAGCAGAGUUCUUUGAGCUUCUGGGGCCUGACUACAGCAACAUGGUCUCUGAGCAGGAGCUCUACCACACUAUGCCCAACAGAGUCCAACAGCAGGGAACCACGGGACCGGAACCAAUCUCUUUUGACUCACACAAUUUUGUGACAGGUGGUUUUCUGUAUGCAGAACCAUGGGCCACAAGUGGUGGGGUGUCCAAAAAAACAGGGGACAUAAAGGCAGUUCCAGGGCAGUCAUCUCUAUAUGGGAACACGGACUCAUCUUGCCCAGUGCCUAUGGAGCAGAACUCUACAUGUUCACUGACCUUCCCAAACUUCUUUACCGACUGCUCUGUUUCCCAGGCAUCAUAUGAUCUGGCUAGUGGAUACAGCCGAGGUAGUUUUCCAUCUCUUUAAGUGAAGCAGCUUUUUCACUUUUUGAAAGAACUUUUUUGAACAAAAAGCUGCAAACGAAUAAUUUUUUAUCUAUGCAUCUAUAUGAUGAUUAAUCAGAAGGAAAAUUUUGGACCAACUUAUUUGGUGAAAUGUUUGGCCUGUGCAGAUGGAUAAUCUUGCUGCUUACUUGAUGUCAGGGACUUUUACAACAAUCUCUAAAAGCUUAAUCUUCAAAAAGACUUGGAAGUUCUAUCCUUAUAUAAAAUAUUGGUGCAGGAACUGAUUAAUAAUUUUUAAAAGGGUUUUAAUAUGCUUUCUCACAGAGAUGAAGUCACCGUGGAUAAGGUGAGGGAUUGUUAUUAGAAUAUUAUCUCAGGGUGUUAUUUCACUUGUUUCCAUAUACUGAAAAAUAACUAUAAUCAUGUAGUCUGAAUGAAAAGAAAAAGCCAAUUUUUAAAGGAAAGUAAUCACUUUUAACUGUUUAUUAGAAAUAAAGACUACAAGAACUGUGAUUAGAAAAUGAUGGUUUUCAAUUUGAAAUAUGGAAAUAAAGUCAUAUUUUAUAGAGCAAUUUGGCGCUUUUAUAUUCAGAAAGAUGCAUGGCAUCUUCAUGUUUUCCUCAUAAAAAUCUGUCAGUAGAUCGUACUGUUUUACAUAAAAAGCUUGCUUAAUAGCAUGUGCUCUUGGCUCUCCGCAGUACUGAGUUUAUAUUAUCAAGAGGAUGUUGUAUGUGGAAUAUAUUAAAUUUGGAGUAAAAGCAAAUUAUUACUAAAACAGUGAAUGGAAAGCUUCAUAGACGGGGACUACAAAGUGGAUCUUGGAUUAUCACUACAGUCUAACUUUGGUUUAGGAUAGAAAAUGAGAGUAGAUAUUGGAUAUUUUAAAUUCCAGUAGAAAACAGUGAGUCCAAAAUUUAACAAAUUUUAAUGGGUAGAGAAAUAUAGUGAUAUAGUUCUUUAUAUGGCAGGUGCCUUGAAUGUAUUUGGAACAUAUAAACUGUUGAAAGCACUGACAACUUGGUUUAUUGUAAAUAAUCUCAAACCAUCAACAGAAGCAAUUCAAUUAGUUAAAGGCUUGUGUUUUAGGAUCUUACACUCGACUGCUCUAUUGCUCUAUUUCACGUCAUCUGAUGUGAGCAGAAGGGGCAAUAUGUUUGUAGAAUUGACAGUGAAGUGACGAAAGUGUAAAAAUUCUGCUUGUUCAGAAUGUAAUAAGGCACAAUAAAGCUGGUCUUUAUUUCUCUCAUAAUCCCAUUUUCCUCUGAAUUUACUUUGUGU